GUCUGAUUAACGGCGGCGGGCACGGCGCGCGUGCUCGUCGCAUUCAGAGAGAUGGGCGUGGAGGCGGCGUGCACGCGCCCGUGCGAUGUGAGCGAGAAGGUGAACGUGGAGGAGACGGAUGAUGAGGAGGCUGCAGUGUGGCGCGCGACACAAUGUGCACGCGCCCGAGUCGUGCUGUUGUUUAGUCGCACGAGCGUCUGUGUGUGUGUGUGUGUGUGUGUGUCAUAAACACUGACUUUGUCAGGACCAGUAGUCCUCAAGGAGAAACCUGGUCCUAAUGAGGCAGAACCUCAUUUCUGAGGAACUGGUUAAGUUUAGGACUAAGAUAUUAAUUGUGGUUAUGGUUAUGGUUAUGGUUAGUGUUAGUGUUAGUGUUAGUCAUUAGCUGGUUAUGGUUAGUGUUAGUCAUUAACUGGUUAUGGUUUAGUGGGGUGGAGUGGCUCAGUGGUUAAGACCGGUACCCUGUGUGCAAAAGACAUCAUGAUCGCAAUGGUCGCAAGUUCGACUCCACCUCCUGACUGAUUGUACUCAAUUCCAUUGUAAGUCUUUGGAUAAAAGGGUCUGCUAAAUGACAUGUAAUGUAAUGUUCAGGUUAGUCAUUAGCUGGUUAUGGUAAGUGUUAGUCAUUAACUGGUUAUUGUUCAGGUCAGUCAUUAACUGGUUAAGGUUAGUCAUUAACUGGUUAUGGUCAGUGUUAGUCAUUAACUGGUUAUUGUUCAGGUUAGUCAUUAGCUGGUUAUGGUCAGUGUUAGUCAUUUACUGGUUAUGGUAAGAGUAAGUCAUUAACUGGUUAUGGUCAGUGUUAGGCAUUAACUAGUUAUGGUUAGUCAUUAACUGGUUAUGGUUCAGGUCAGUCAUUAGCUGGUUAUGGUCAGUGUUAGUCAUUAACUAGUUGGUUGGUUAAGGUCAGUCAUUAGUUGGUUAUGGUAGUGUUAGUCAUUAACUGGUUAUGGUCAGUGUUAGUCAUUAACUGGUUAUGGUCAGUGUUAGUCAUUAGCUGGUUAUGGUCAGUGUUAUUCAUUAACUAGUUAUGGUUCAGGUUAGUCAUUAGCUGGUAAUGGUUCAGGUCAGUCAUUAGCUGGUUAUGGUCAGUGUUAGUCAUUAAUUGUUAUGGUCAGUGUUAUUCAUUAACUAGUUAUGGUUCAGGUUAGUCAUUAGCUGGUUAUGCUUCAGGUCAGUCAUUAACUGGUUAUGGUCGGUGUUAGUCAUUAACUAGUUAUGGUCAGUGUUAGUCAUUAGCUGGUUAUGGUUAGUGUUAGUCAUUAACUGGUUAUGGUUCAGGUCAGUCAUUAACUGGUUAUGGUUAAGGUUAGUCAUUAACUGGUUAUGGUCAGUGUUGGUCAUUAACUGGUUAUUGUUCAGGUUAGUCAUUAGCUGGUUAUGGUCAGAGUUAGUCAUUAACUGGUUAUGGUCAGUGUUAGGCACUAACUAGUUAUGGUUACUCAUUAACUGGUUAUGGUUCAGGUCAGUCAUUAGCUGGUUAUGGUCAGUGUUAGUCAUUAACUAGUUAUGGAUAAGGUUAGUCAUUAGCUGGUUAUGGUUAAGGUCUGUCAUUAGUUGGUUAUGGUCAGUGUUAGUCAUUAACUGGUUAUGGUCAGUGUUAGUCAUUAACUGGUUAUGGUUAAGGUUAGUCAUUAGCUGGUUAUGGUCAGUGUUAUUCAUUAAUUGUUAUGGUCAGUGUUAUUCAUUAACUAGUUAUGGUUCAGGUUAGUCAUUAGCUGGUUAUGGUUCAGGUCAGUCAUUAGCUGGUUAUGGUCAGUGUUAGUCAUUAAUUGUUAUGGUCAGUGUUAUUCAUUAACUAGUUAUGGUUCAGGUUAGUCAUUAAUUGGUUAUGGUCAGUGUUAGUCAUUAACUAUUUAUGGUCAGUGUUAGUCAUUAGCUGGUUAUGGUCAGUGUUAGUCAUUAGCUGGUUAUGGUUAGUGUUAGUCAUUAACUGGUUAUGGUCAGAGUUAAUCAUUAGCUGGUUAUUGUCAGAGUUAGUCAUUAACUGGUUAAGGUUAAUCGUUAACUGGUUAUGGUCAGUGUUAGUCAUUAGCUGGUUAUGGUUAGUGUUAGUCAUUAACUGGUUAUGGUCAGAGUUAAUCAUUAGCUGGUUAUGGUCAGAGUUAGUCAUUAACUGGUUAAGGUUAGUCGUUAACUGGUUAUGGUCAGUGUUAGUCAUUGGCUGGUUAUGGUUAGUGUUAGUCAUUAACUGGUUAUGGUCAGAGUUAAUCAUUAGCUGGUUAUGGUCAGAGUUAGUCAUUAACUGGUGAAGGUUAGUCAUUAACUGGUUAUGGUCAGUGUUAGUCAUUAGCUGGUUAUGGUCAGUGUUAGUCAUUAACUGGUUAUGGUCAGUGUUAGUCAUUAACUAGCUAUGGUUAGUGUUAGUCAUUAGCUGGUUAUGGUUCAGGUUAGUCAUUAACUGGUUAUGGUCAGUGUUAGUCAUUAACUGGUUAUGGUCAGUGUUAGUCAUUAACUAGUUAUGGUCAGUGUUAGUCAUUAACUAGCUAUGGUUAGUGUUAGUCAUUAGCUGGUUAUGGUUCAGGUUAGUCAUUAGCUGGUUAUGGUUAGUGUUAGUCACUAACUGGUUAUGGUUCAGGUUAGUCAUUAGCUGGUUAUGGUCAGAGUUAGUCAUUAACUGGUUAAGGUUAGUCAUUAACUGGUUAUGGUCAUUGUUAGUCAUUAGCUGGUUAUGGUCAGUGUUAGUUAUUAACUAGCUAUGGUCAGUGUUAGUCAUUAGCUGGUUAUGGUUAGUGUUAGUAAUUAGCUGGUUAUGGUUCAGGUUAGUCAUUAGCUGGCUAUGGUCAGUGUUAGUCAUUAACUAGUUAUGGUCAGUGUUAGUCAUUAGCUGGUUAUGGUUAGUGUUAGUCAUUAACUGGUUAUGGUCCAGGUUAGUCAUUAGCUGGUUAUGGUCAGAGUUAGUCAUUAACUGGUAAAGGUUAGUCAUUAACUGGUUAUGGUCAGUGUUGGUCAUUAACUAGUUAUGGUCAGUGUAAGUCAUUAGCUGGUUAUGGUUAGUGUUAGUCAUUAGCUGGUUAUUGUUCAGGUUAGUCAUUAGCUGGUUAUGGUCAGUGUUAGUCAAUAACUAGUUAUGGUCAGUGUAAGUCAUUAGCUGGUUAGGGUUAGUGUUCGUCAUUAGCUGGUUAUGGCCACAAAACAAAGAUAAACAGCGGGCGUCUAACACAGCGCUCAGCGCUGCAGACACACGCAACGGAGAGAUGACGUGACGAUUGAUUGGCCCAGUGGCCUGUCUGUCAAGAAUACCUGGCUCAAUAGCCCUAUGAGAGGCUACAGAGGCCCAGGAGUCCCACCCACACACCCCUAGCCCCCCUCAUCUAAUCUAAUCUUUAUGAGUAGGCGAUAGAGAGACAGGGAGGGAAACGGAGAAAAAAAAUUGAGAGUUGUAAAAAACGAAAAGGCAGCGCUGAGAAGCUCAGAGGAAAUAAAAAAAAAGGGUGCCUAAAGUAAGAAAAUGACAGGGAUGUUUGCUGGAGGGGCGUGGCCUGGUGGGGACCAGCAGCACCGGCGCGGCUGCGUUAGCUAGUGUUUAAAGUGUCAACAUCUUUUUUAGUGCCAACAGUCCAAUUUUGUUCAUGAAGGACAUUGAUCUAGCAACUUGAAUAAUACAGUAUAUGCUACAUAUGUAUGCUUUACAGUCAGUUUUUAUGGUUUAUUGUCCUUUGUAACAGUUUCACAUUAUAUACAAUAGUUAAAAUGAAUAAAACACUGAUUAUCUACUGUUACAAUAAUAUGCAGAUAUAUUUUAAUAGGUACAUUAUGUUGAGCUGUACUGUCUGUUCUGAAAUAAAAUUCUAAGUCUUUGUCCAUUUUUCAGAUCAUUAUACUAUUGUUUUCCAUACUUUAGUCAAUUAGCCAACAUUGUGAUUGCAUGCAGACUCAUUUUUUGCAUGUAAUCUUGUUCAAAUUGAACCUAUUCCACACGACUCCUCUACUUUUCAUGUGCAGAUUUGUGAUCGGCAGCUGUGUGAUAAUGAGUGAUAAACACUCUUGAAUCUGAAAUCCUUUCUCCAGUACCCUUCUUAUAAAGAGCAAGUACAGUAAGCAACGCACUGUAUAUUUAUCAUUUGUUUAUUCAAGGCUCCAGAAUAUAAAGAGAUAUUGCUCAGAAUAGUGGUGUUAUUAAGGGCUUGCAUGUUUGUAUGUACAUCAGUGGGGUGAGUUGGCACAGUAUCGACGCACGGAUUAUAGUGGACCAGUCUGGACCAAAAAGUCCAGGGGCCAAAUUUUUGAUCCUGGUGAUAAGACUUUGUUUAGUCUGUGUGUCAGUUGCUGCUUCACCUGUAGGUGACCUUGACAGAGGUCAGAGGUCAGUCACUUAUCCAGGUGUUGACAACAGUCACCUGACCUCCUGGAAUAAGUGGGCGGAGCAUGAACGUGUCACUGCAGCUGGUGUUCUUCAACAACAACAGUUUAUUUAUUUAAACAGUUUAUUUCUAAAUAAUUUACAUUUAUGGAUCAAAGAGAAGAAACUUAAGCACAUUGAUUUGACCUUUGACCUGUUGUACAAAUCAUGAAUCUGUGUGGAGAUAAAUCAUAUUCCAGGUAAGAGACAUCACACACCAGCGUCAUCCAAACAAAAAAUAAUACAAUAAAUAAAUAAUGAAACUAGUUAGUUUUAUAAUUAUGCAGAAAAAUCAAUCUAAACCAUUAAAAGUUGUCCUCAGAGUGGACUUUGUGGUGUCUCAGCUGGACGUGUCCUUGUCUUCCUCAGGGGUCAUGGAGGUGUCGUCUCACAGCCUCUUCCUGCUGCAGCAGCUCAAUGUUCAGAGAGAGUUCGGGUUCCUGUGCGACUGCACCGUCGCCAUUGGAAACGUCUACUUCAAAGCUCACCGCGCCGUCCUCGCCGCCUUCUCCAACUACUUCAAGAUGAUCUUCAUCCAUCAGUCCAGUGAGUGCAUAAAGAUCCAGCCCACCGACAUCCAGCCGGACGUCUUCAGCUACCUGCUGCACAUCAUGUACACAGGCAUGUGUCCCAAACAGCCGGUGGACCAGAGCCGUCUGCAGGACGGCAUCAAGUUCCUUCACGCCCACCAGCUGUGCCGGAAACCUGACGAGGGCACCGCCGAUGGCACUGCCGAUGUGGUCCGCAUGUCCAACCUAUACGGCAUUCAGAUCUCCUCCCAGCUGGCCAACAAGGAGCUGUCCAGGGUCCCCAAGACAACCACAGUGUCCUGCAGUCCCCCUGACGAUGGACGGUCCUCUGGCCGUGGCGGGCGCUCCCACUCACAGCUGUCCCUCACUGUCGGACUGGAAGGAGUUCCGUCAGACCGCCGCGCCUCGACACUGCGCACCGUCUGUUCUGUGGCAUCCGGAGACGACUCGGACAUCUCUACUCGGAUCAAGCAGGAGCGGGUAGAGGACGAGGACGAGGAGGAGGACGCAGAGGGGGAGGAGGUUCUGGGGGCGGGGUCACCGUCUCCAGCUCAGGGCAGCAGUCCCAGUCAAAGUCUCCUGUUUAAAGAUCGCCCCCUGGUGCUGCUGUGUCCCCGCUGCGGAGAGCGUUGCUUUUCCUCCGAGGGCCUCCGCGAGCAUCUGUUCAGCCACGCCCUUGACACCACCCGCCUCAUGGAGGGACUAACACACAGCAGGGUGCUGGACACUGGCGUGGAGGAGGGGCCUCCACGCGGGCAGGACCACGUGGACGCAGGAUGUCUGGAGGAAGCACUGAGGCAGAGCCAAGCACUGGCCAAUCAGCUGGCUGCUGAGCUCAGAAGGAGUCGGGGGGGAGGAGGGGGGAACAGCCCCACCCCCGGUGUCCUACACUCCAGAAAACGUAAGAUCGCCUGCGCCGUCUGCAGCCUCCGCUUCUCGCACAAGAGCCAGCUGCAGGAGCACAUGUACACGCACACGGGAAAACCCUCCCGUUACCACCGCUACAACCGCCUCUGCAGCCAGCUCUUCCAGGCCUCCGCCCACUUCUGUGAGGGCGCUGCAGAGCCGGGGGGAAGGGGCGGGGCCUCAGCUGCCGCCACUGCUGCUGCUGCACUCUCUGGGGAGGCCAACAGGGACGCUCAGGACAAUGGCAGCUCCUACUCUCUGGACUCAGAGGUUUCCCAGGAGAGCGUGGACGCUGUGGACGGCGUGGACGGUGUGCCCGUGGAGUGAUCAGGUCACAGCAAUGACACAAGUUCAACCAGAAGGUGGCGCUUGUGUCAUUAGUAAUGACAACAUAAAGGUGUCAUCAGUAGUGUGACCACAGUGUGGUGCUAUCAUCAGCCACUGUCACCAUCACAAUCCAUCAACUGCAAUCAAAUGUAGCCUAGGACAGAGACUCAAAGAGUCGGAGACUCAAAGAGUCGGAGACUCAAAGAGUCAGAGACUCAAAAAGUCAGAGACUCAAAGAAUC